AUGACCUACUACCAGAAAUGUCUAUUCCUUUACCGCUUACUAUUCUGUCUCAGCUUCCUCUCUCUUUCGUUUUCCGACGACGCCACAGUCAUGUCCAAGCUCUUCGCCGCUAUUUCUCCGGCGCCCUCUGGCUGGUCCAUCUCCAAAGACCACUGUACAUGGACUAAUGUUGAAUGCGCUAAGUCCACUGGCAGCGUAGUCUCCAUCAACCUCGAUUCCCAGUCCAUUUCCGGUGAAAUCCCUUCGGAGCUCACACAGCUCGCGUCCCUUCGAUCACUUUCUCUCCGGGGUAACUUCCUCUCCGGGUCUUUGCCGUCUUUCGCAAACAUGUCCGACCUUGAAGAACUCUACUUAGAUAACAACAAAUUCAGCUCAAUCCCCAGUGGUUUCCUCUUGGGUGUUCCUAAUUUACAGACUUUCAGCAUUUCCGAGAAUGGAAAUCUCGGCCCAUGGCAGAUUCCAAGCUAUUUGAUCGGAAGCACAAACUUGAAUGUUUUCCAUGCCAGCAACGCCAGUAUCACGGGAGCCAUUCCAGAUUUCUUCGAUUCUUUCCCGAAUCUUCAGAACCUGAGAUUAUCCUACAAUAACCUCACAGGACCUCUGCCCUGGUCGAUUGGAAGGUCCAAGAUACAGAAUUUGUGGCUGGAUAACCAAAAACAGGGCCUCUCCGGGACUAUUGAUGUGAUUUCCUCAAUGACCCAACUCUCCCAAGUAUGGCUUCAAGGUAAUGCCUUCACGGGUCCGAUUCCUGACCUUUCCAAAUGCCUAAAUCUAUUCGAUUUGCAGCUCGGGGACAACCAACUUACAGGGGUUGUACCAGUUUCAUUAGCUUGUCAUCAAAAUUUGGAGAACAUCACUCUUCAGAACAACAAAUUGCAGGGUCCUAUGCCUCUGUUUGGCAAUAAGGUGAAGGCCACUCUUGGGGAUACUAAUAGUUUCUGUAAGGAUACACCUGGACCUUGUGAUCCACAGGUCACUGCGCUUCUUGCCAUUGCUGGUGGUCUUGGAUAUCCAAUCAGGCUUGCCCAAUCUUGGAAAGGGAAUAAUGCAUGCCAGAACUGGGCAUAUAUAAUUUGUCAUUCGCAGGGGAAGAAUGUGACAACUGUGAAUCUUGGAAAUCUGCGUUUCUCAGGUACUAUUUCACCAGAUUUUUCGAAAUUGACUUCAUUGAGGAACCUGUAUUUGAAUGACAAUAAUCUUACCGGUCCAAUUCCGGAAAUCUUGACAACUUUGCCUCAUCUUCAAGUCCUUGACGUUUCUAAUAACAAUUUGUCCGGGCCUAUACCCUCUUUUCCACCUGCUGUAAAGAUUUCUAUUCAUGGUAACUUAUUUCUUGGGAAGAAUGUGUCUAUCGGUAGUGGAUCACCGGGUUCAGGUCGGACUGCAAAUGCUCACAAUGACAGUCCAUCAUCUGGAAAUUCAAAUGUGUCCUCGAUGUCAGGCGGAAUGUUUGUUGUUGUGGUUAUAGUUGUUGUUAUGGUUGUUCUAGUUGUGCUGUUUGUGUUUUACAAGUGGUACAUGAAGCGGGAGCAUAAGAGAUUUGGAAGGACUAAGAAUCCUGAGAAGGGCACUCAGAUUUUGAAGACUAAUGAAAUGGGCACUGCUAUUAAAAUCCAAGUUCUUGAAAAAGCCACAAACUUUUUCAGUGAAGAGAGUGUGUUGGGGAGUGGAGGAUAUGGAGUGGUUUACCUAGGUAAACUAGACGAUGGCACAAAGGUUGCCGUGAAGAAGAUGAAGGAUGGGGCGGCGCCUACUAAAGGAAUGAAUGAGUUUCAAGCAGAAAUUGCAUUUCUUAGCAAAGUUAGGCAUAAGAAUUUGGUUGCACCGGUGGGUUAUUGUAUCAAUGACAACGAGAUGCUAUUGGUGUAUGAAUAUAUGCCCAAGGGUACAUUGGCUCAUCAUCUGUUUGAAUGGCGGAAGCGCGGUUUAGAUCCUCUAACUUGGAAGCAAAGGGUGACAAUUGCGUGGGACGUGGCUAGAGGAAUUGAGUAUCUUCAUAGCUUGACUCAUCCUCAAAGUUUCAUUCAUAGAGACAUAAAGUCCUCAAAUAUCCUUCUUAAUGAUGACAUAAGAGCUAAGGUUGCAGAUUUUGGAUUGGUCAAAAAAGCUCCGGAUGAUAAAUCUUCGGUUGAGACGCGAGUAGCUGGGACAUUUGGUUAUCUUGCACCAGAGUAUGCUAGAACUGGACGAGUCACAAAAAAAGUAGAUGUUUAUGCAUUCGGAGUUGUUUUGAUGGAGAUGAUCACUGGUAAAAAAGCAGUAGAUGAGACUUUACCUGAUGAGAUGUGUCAUUUAGUCACAUGGUUUCACAAGAUUAUUAAAAAAAGUCACAACCUUCAAAAGGCUAUUGACCCAACUCUUGAUCCUGAUGAUGAUGAACAAACAUUUGAGAGCAUUUCUAAGGUUGCAGAGUUGGCAGCUCACUGCACUACUAAUAAAUAUUAUCGUCGACCAAACAUGGAACAUGUUGUUAAUGUUCUUGGUCCCUUUGCACAUAAUUGGAGGCCAUUGAGACCGGAAGAAAUAGAAGAAAAGUUUGGUGGUCUUGACCGAAACAUCAGCCUUCCUCUUGUGUUUGAUGAUUCCUCUAUUGAAAGUUUGUCAUUCACAAAUGCUCAACACAAUGGACACCGCCUCAAUCAGAGUGCACAAUUUUAAUUUUUAAGAUCAUUAUGGACAUAGCUAGAAUUGUUGGUCUGGUGUUUGGACUACUUGAUGCAAAAUUUCUUUAAGGCUUUUGUGA